UCAAGGCUUGGAAAUGCUAAUCAAGUGUUUUCUUCUGCUCUCAGCGAUUUGCUGGUGCUCUGCUGACUUGAGGACCUCAUGGGGGAGUCGGUAUCAUGGGAGGAAACGCCAUAUCCAUUGAAGACACGCCCUGGAUAGCAGCAAUAUUAAAUGAAAGAGGCAAACAAAACUGUGGCGGUGCGAUCUACGACGACAGAGUUAUCGUAACAGCUGCACAUUGCUUGGAGGGACUUGUGCCUCAAGAUCUGCGUGUUCGGAUUGGUUCCAGCAACAAGACUGAUGGUGGCAUUUUAUUAAAUGUGGAUCGGUUCAUAAUUCACAAGGACUAUGAUAAAAAAAGUAACUUUUCCGUUGACAUUGGAGUUCUUCUUUUGAGCUCAUCAAUCAAUCUGAAGGACAAUGCAAACGUGAAACCCAUAGAGUUGGCCAAAACCGCACCAGAUGUGGGAACCCAGGCAUUUCUUUCCGGUUGGGGACGCACUGGAUAUGGAGAAACGGACGUACUUAAAGGGGUCACCAUCGACAUUGUAGAUAUGGCGCUGUGCGAAGAAGAGCAUCCUCAGGAUAAACUGAUCAAUGAAUUGCUAUGCGCUGGACGUCUUGGAUCCAAGGAUGCGUGUGUGGGUGACUCUGGCAGUCCUUUGGUUGCGAAUGGCAAACUCAUUGGAGUUGUAUCGACGGGCCCGGAGUGCCCGCACAAUACAGUUGGAGGUGUGUAUGCCAACGUGGCUGUACUUCAUGACUGGAUUGUUGCUAACGCUAAGGUAAUCAGAAAUCUCAGAAAUUAUUAAACGAAUAAAGAUGUUUAAAUGAAGCAUAAA